AAUAGACUUUGAAACUGCCCUGCCUUUCCUGUGUUUACAUGUCAAACACAGAGGGAAACUGGGCCGAGUUUCUCUCUCCCAUGGGACUCGGCCUCUGCUGCUGGGAGGAGAGAAGGGAGGGGCCAGGUCCGAGCUGCACAGUCCCCGGACGUGAGAGAGCCGAGGAGAGCCGGCGGCUCAGCAGCUCUCUAGGUUGGGGGCUGCCCCCCUCCCCGGAAAGCACUGGGCACAUCUUGGAUGCCACUGCAUAACACAAGACUUAAUAACAGGCACUUGGAACCUUCUGGAAAAAAAUACCACUUCACAUAUUGUCUCCUCCCAAAGAGCAGUGAAGUGCACACAUGACUACCACAGUGAGGCUCACAGAACAUGUAACAAGAGAUGACCAAGGGAUGGAAGGAAACUAUGUCCUUUAUGGAUCUUCUUGUGCCCAAAUCACUGAAGAAACAGAAUACAUCAUAAAGAUCAGAUCCACACUAGCAAAGAUUCAAAAUCAGCAGCCUUUCCGAGUGCCCAGAAAUGAGCUGGAGGCUGAGAAGGACACGCUUAACUCCAGCUACAAUCUAACCAUGGAAAAGCUGAAAGAGACUGACCAGCAGCUCUUGCUUGUGAACAGGGAGAAUGAAAUACUGAAGAUCAAGCUGGAUGCGACAAGAGAAGCAGGUGCACAGUCUCUAAGACAUGCCUCGAAAAGCCUAUAUGAGAAUUACUGCAGUCGGUCUGAAGAACUUAAGAAAAAGCAUGAAGAUGAUAAACAGCUGAUGCAGGCCCGCAAACUUGAGCAAGAACAAAAAUUGAAACAAAAUCUAGAAAAUGUCAAUUGUGUAACUGAAAGACUCGAAGAAAAGUACAGCCGGAUUGCAGACAUGGAGAAACGAGUGCAACGAAUGGAAGAGGAAAAGAAAACAUUAAUAGAAAAAAAGCAGUCAUUUGAAGAGAAGCUUCUAUCAAACUCUGAAGAUACUAAGAGCUGUCUUGAUCUUCAAGUGGAGAUUUUCACUGUACAAGAACAGAUUUCUCACUUGCAGCAUGUGAUCCAGACCCAGCAUCAAAGCCUACGCAGUGCGAUACAAGAGAUUGAAGAACUGAACAACGGACUAGAAAACCAAGAUAAAAAAAUUAAGGCUAUGAAAGAAGAGAUAAAUAUGCUUGAAGCUCAGAAUAAAGAACUUAAAUACAAGGUGGAAUUCUGGUCUGGUCAACCCAAGAUUAAAGUUUCAAAAGGUGUCUCAACAAUUUCAUCCAGGACUGAUGGGGUGUCCCCCUACUCAAUGCUAGCUAGGCUACGGAAGCAAAAUGGCUAGAUGAAUCUAUCAGUGGUAUCUGUUUCCAGCUUCCUCAUAAGAACCUCUGUCUCUCUCUGCUAAUGACCCUCCAUUCAGUCCUUUUAUAUAUCUUGUUAUAACACAGCAAGCUUGGCCACCAGGAAUGGCACUUGGACAGAAGAGGAUUCAUUAAAUGAAUAAACAAAUUUGGAUUUUAGGCAAGAACUGAAGCGACAUUGUGUUCUUUAAUGGAUAGUCAAAGGACAGCAGCAUCCUGUGGACAUUGCUGAUGGUGAAACAGAUACCAUUGUAACAGCUUCUUACAUAUCGAAGAGUCCAUCUUCAACAAGCAUUUUAUGGGCCAUGAGGUACAUCAAACAAUAGUUAAGAGCAUAUUCAGGAUUAACAAACCAAAAUUUGUGUAAUUAUAUACAAAAAAAAUUGGUGUUUAUCAAAUUUUAAACAAUACUGUAAUGUAACUAAUAACUUUUUAAAAUCGAGAUGUUAAUUGUAAAAGGCUAUUUAAUAAAUUAUAUUUAAUCUUUACAUGUUAGCAUUUUAAAUUGAUCAUUUCUAAUCUAUAGAGUGUGUUGAUGUGUUUUUUUUAAGCUAUCAGAACACUAAUAGGGUAUUUGGGUUUUUAUAUAAGCAUUGGAUAGCUUCCUCUAAUGGUUGCACAAGUGAUGAUGUGCUAUGCAUGUUGAUUUUGCAGUAUUUUCAGACUUUGGGAAAAGUCUAAUUAAACAGUUUUAGGCAAAGCAAAAGCUUACAUGCUAUGGCACUUCAAUAAAUUCUGUUUUAUCUUCCAGACCGAUGACAUUAAACUGUUUUGCAAUAACCGUAUGUAGGUGAAAAUAGUCA